AACCUAAAAAAACUCAACUACUCCCUCCUUUCUUCCUUUCUUUUUGAUUUACAGUAGUGAGUGGCACCCACGCACCCACGCACCUACCACCCUUCUCAAUUCCCACUUUCUUCUCAAUUCCCACUUUCUUCAUUCUCCCAAACAAUGGACUCUCCUUCUCUCAACGUUCUCUUUGCCACGCCAUCGGCGGGUAGUGGUGGAACGAGGAAGAGUGCAACCUUAAUCUGUGCUCCAAUCAUGGGCGAAUCAAUUGAAAAAAUGAAGAUUGAUGUGCACAAAGCAAAAGCUGGUGGUGCUGACCUUGUUGAAAUUCGGUUGGACUCUUUGAACACCUUCGACCCCUAUCAAGAUCUCAGCGCUCUAAUUCAAAAUCAUCCUUUGCCCUUGUUGUUCACUUAUAGGCCCACAUGGGAGGGUGGUAUGUAUGAUGGUGAUGAAAACAAACGGUUGGAUGCACUACGAUUAGCCAUGGAGUUGGGAGCUGAUUACAUUGACGUUGAACUUCAGGUAGCACAUCAGUUCUAUGACUCUAUACGUGGGAAGACAUUCAAUAAAACCAAGGUCAUUGUUUCAUCUCACAACUAUCAGCUUACUCCAUCAAUUGAGGAUCUUGGUAACCUUGUAGCAAAAAUACAAGCCACAGGGGCAGAUAUUGUGAAGAUUGCAACAACUGCCUUGGACAUCACUGAUGUGGCGCACAUGUUUCAAAUAAUGGUGCAUUCUCAAGUUCCAUUUAUUGGACUUGUUAUGGGUGAUAGGGGAUUGAUUUCACGUAUACUUUGUGCAAAAUUUGGUGGAUAUCUCACUUUUGGUACUGUUGAGUCAGGAGUAGUUUCAGCUCCUGGUCAACCUACACUUAAGGAUCUAUUGUAUCUAUACAAUUUGAGACAACUGGGACCUGAUACAAAAGUAUAUGGGAUUAUUGGAAAGCCUGUUAGUCACAGUAAAUCACCCAUAUUGUACAAUGAAGCCUUCAAGUCAGUUGGUUUUGAUGGAGUUUAUGUAUUUUUAUUGGUGGAUGAUGUUGCCAAUUUUCUCAAGACUUAUUCAUCAACAGAUUUUGUGGGAUUCAGUGUUACCAUUCCUCACAAGGAGGAAGCACUUAAGUGCUGUGAUGAGGUUGAUCCAGUGGCUAAGGCAAUAGGAGCUGUAAAUUGCAUUGUAAGAAGACCAACUGAUGGAAAGUUGAUUGGGUAUAACACGGAUUAUGUUGGUGCUAUUUCUGCAAUUGAGGAUGGGUUACGAGGUAAACAUAAUGGGAGUAGUACAGCUGUUUCACCAUUAGCUGGUAAGCUGUUUGUUGUUAUUGGGGCUGGUGGUGCUGGGAAGGCACUCGCUUAUGGUGCAAAAGAGAAAGGAUCAAGGAUUGUGAUUGCAAACCGCACCUAUGAUCGUGCCAGAGAACUUGCUGAUGUAAUUGGUGGAGAUGCUUUAGCGCUUGCUGAUUUAGAUAAUUACCAUCCUGAGGAUGGUAUGAUUCUUGCAAAUACAACAUCAAUUGGAAUGCAACCAAAAGUUGAUGAGACACCUAUUUCUAAGCAUGCUUUGAAACAUUAUUCCCUGGUUUUUGAUGCUGUCUACACGCCCAAGAUGACUAGACUCUUGAAAGAAGCAGAAGAAUCAGGAGCCACUACUGUAACAGGGAUAGAGAUGUUUAUUGGACAAGCAUAUGAACAGUAUGAAAAGUUCACUGGAUUGCCAGCACCAAAGGAGCUCUUCAGGAAAACUAUGGAGAACUAUUAAUGAGUUGCAGGGAUAGUUUGUUGUUGUAUCACAAUGAAGAAUCAGGAUGGUGAGCGGAUUUGCUUGCGGCUUUGGUUUUAACUUUUAAAGGGAAGUAUUUAUGUUGUGAAACAUGCGACCGCAGGUGCCAUUGUUUGCAUUGCCUUUGAAUGGAGAGGGACUUUCUUUAGGAAAUAGUGAUUACUUGCAUUUAUUCUCACCAUUCUCUUCCAAUUUCUCCUGGUGCAAAUUUUGUUUAUCAUAGCUAAGAAGAUUUCUUGGCAAUCACAAAUAAUAUCAUCAAAUGCAAUUCCUUGAAAGUUUCUGCAUUGUAAUUGUAUCUAAUUUUCUUAAGCAGAAGAUGCCUCGUUUUUUUAAUUAAUUUUAUGGAAUAAAAAAACUAGCCAGGGAUGUUGAGUAUUC